AUGAGCUCGAUACUUUCCGAAGCAGAUUUGAAUGAUUUCAUUUCACCAGGUUUGGCCUGCAUAAAGCCUGUACAAAACGAACAGAAAAGACCAGAAAAUUCGGAAGAUGCAUUGGUCGUUGGGAAAGAGCCCAGCGAGCCUCAAAAGGUGUCGAUCUCUCUGCAAGAUUGCCUGGCAUGUGCUGGCUGCAUAACUUCUAGCGAAGAAAUUCUCUUGGGCCGCCAGAAUCACAAAGUCUUCCUAGAAGCUAAAAGUAAUUUCACAGCGGGCAUGAGUCUUGCCGUCAGCAUCUCUCCACAAUGUCGGCUAUCGUUGGCGAACUUUUACGACCUGUCUCUGGAUGUGUUUGACGCCGCUUUUCUGAACCUUAUGCUUUGCUAUUUUGAGGCUCGCUAUGUCGUUGGCACACAAAUGGGCAGGACUCUAAGCAUUAGUGAGACAAACUAUGAACUGAGCCGCCGAAAAACUUUGGAUAAAUACAAAAAACCUCAGCUUUGUGCGGUUUGUCCCGGUUUCGUCCUAUAUUCCGAGAAGACCAAACCUGAGCUGGUGCCGCAUCUGCUGGAUGUAAAGUCUCCACAGCAGAUCACUGGAGCGCUUCUCAAGGCUAACAAUCAAAAUAUCUACCAUCUCGCUGUGAUGCCCUGUUUUGACAAAAAAUUAGAGGCCAGUCGAGCUGAUACCGAGGGAGAGGUUGAUUGCGUGAUAACCCCUCGAGAGAUGAUUUCGAUGCUGCAAGAACUGAAUUUGGCGUUCAGCGAUUUCUUGAACGGGCCCAGCCUACAAGAUCUUCAGCAGAGACUAACGCCUGAGGGCUGGAACCCUCGCUUGCAUUGGGUGUCUAACUCAGGUAGUAGUUCGGGGGGAUUUGCGUUCCAGUACGUUCUCAACGAGCAGCGGUCAAAUCCAGGAUCUGAAAUAAUUCAAAUUAUGGGAAAGAAUGCGGACAUACGCGAAUACAGACUAGUGGAUUCUACCAGUGGUCAAGUCCUGGCGUCAUCUAGCGAAGUAUACGGAUUUCGCAACAUACAAAACUUGGUGCGCAAGCUCGGGGGAGCGCGUAGAACAAGUCGCAACAUAGUAAUAACGAGAAAGCGCGCAAGCGAGAAAAAUGCAAGCGACUCAAAGCCUACUGAGCCUGAGCCGGCGAGAACGGAUUUUAUAGAAGUAAUGGCGUGCCCAGGAGGCUGCAUCAACGGGGGUGGACUACUUAAUGAGGAGGCAAACACAACACGGCGUCGCGCCCUCGCAAAGAAGUUAGACACUCAGUACUCUACUCUUCUACCACAGACUGAAUGCUCGGAAGAAUUUGUUUCCAGUAAUCGCUACAAGUUCAGCGCCAUUCAAAAAUCCACUGACGUCGUAACAGUAGGAAACACCUGGUAA